CUGCAUGCUCGAAACGCGCUUCGAUACCACGAUACCUAAAGUUCGGUACAACAGCAGAGCACCGUCUUUUGCUCGCGCCGUCCUUGAAUGGUCGCCUGUGGUGGAACAAUCUCUCAUUUCAUUGCUUUCUGAUCCCUGUGCUGCGCUCGAGCAUUUGACUGGCUCCGCCUUUGAUGAUUCGUGACACCGGCAGUAAUUAGCCGCUUGCCGUAACUUGAUCCAGACUUUGCCCGCACAUACCGAGCGAUCACGAUUGAACACGCAACUCACGAGACCAUAUUCACGACCUUGACACGAGAUACACUCGACCUUCCUGAACCACGUGCAUUCCAGUUAUUCGCACUCGAGAAGCGCAUACACAUUUGACAUUCUCGAAUCCCCAACACAUCGGCAAGACAUGACUAGAAGUACCCGACAGCAGACGAAAGCAGCAUCCUCCGAAGCCAUGGUCGCCAAGCAAGAGAAUGGGUCGGGGUCAGAUAAUGACAGUGGUGAGAAGCCCGUCCGCGAAAAGCUGCAAAAGGCUACCAUCGACGCCGAGAAAGGCUCCGCUGAGACCGAUAAUGUCAAAGGCGAAGUCAGUGCUACAUCAACAUCUCACACCGAUACGAGUGAGCAGACAGUAGAUACCACCGCUGGCUCGGUCGGCCGUCUGGAGAAGAAGAGAAGUCACGAAGACAUGGAAGAGGGUGUGGUAGAAGAGGACAGUACCACGCAACACACGCGCAAGCGAUCAAGAGAUGGCAGGGCCGAAGAUACCGAUUCUGCAGGUUCCAAGCGCAGAGUGGCUGAAGAUGAGGACACUGAUGAUCGAAAUGCAAAAAGCGGAGAUCAGCCUAGCACCGCCGAGACUAGUGCCGAGCAGAAUGACGAGCCGGCUUCUGCGGGUGACUCCACUGACGAUAAGGCAAAGGACACCACUACAAAGGAGAAACUUGAGGGCGCAGAUCAAGGCGAGCAAUCUGAGCCUUUCAAAGGCGCCAGCCUCAAGCGCCCUGGUACUCCAGAGAACAAGCUCGAAACCGACCCGGAAGCUGCUAUCAAGUCAAUCACAAGCCCCAAAUCUAAACGAUCACGGCAUCUCGAAUCGUCGGUUACAGACAAAGAGCUGAAUGGGACUGCGGCAAGCGCUGAGUCAAAAGCCGACGCCAAGGCCAGAGAACCUGAUGCUGCAAAGGGUAGCGCUCCAGAAGCUGCGGCUACGAAGGACGCCCCACCGGCAUCAGCUCUGCCGUCUCAAAGCGGUUUCGGGAACGCAUCAUCAGCAUCGCCUUUCGGCGCGCUCGGCGGGAGCAAGUUGGGCACGGAAGCAAAAUCAAACUCCUCAGACUCGUUUCAAAAAUCUGGUUUUGCUGCGCUCGCUGGAAAACCAAUGUCAGGAUUUGGCUCUCUCGGCGCGACAUCUACGGGACUUGGAAACUUUGCAUCAGGGCCGAAGGACGCGAAAUCUGGUACCAAGGAGACCGAGGCGAAGCCAUUGAGCACUUUCGGCGGCGCACUCGGGCAGAAAUCGGCGUUUGGUGCGGCCCCGGCAGGUGGCAGCGUCUUUGGCUCGGGCACUACAAAAGGUGGAUUUGGAGCAGGCUUCGGGAGUGCAGGUUUCGGCGCCCUAGCUGGUGCGCCAGGAGGGCUUUCCAGCUUCGCCAGCGGCAGGCCCGCUGCCGCACCUGCCACGAAAACGAAACCUGCCAAGGCAUUUGGGGCACCGGCAGACGACGAGGACGAGGAAGACGACAACGAAAAUGACGACGAGGACGAGGGUGAAGGCAAAGAAGGGCUUUCGACGGACCCUGAAGAGUCCGACCCUCGAUUCUUUGCUCAGGAGUCUGUUACCGGUGAAGAGGAGGAGAGGACAGAAUUCAACAACCGGGCCAAACUCUACUACUUCGGCCUUGUGGACGGUGUGAAGCAAUGGCGUGAGCGAGGCUCCGGUGUCCUGAGGCUAAAUGUAAAAAAGCCAUCUGCCGACGAGCCAGACGCACAACCGCAAGCUAGACUGCUCAUGCGCGCUGACGGCUCGCAUCGCGUCGUUCUCAACACGAUCGUGAAGAAAGAGCUCAAAUUUGGCGAUCCCCAAGGCGGGCCUCCUCAAGGCGGCUCGCUUCUAUUCAUGGGCACCAUUCCGGGAGUGGAAGAAGACAACACAGGAAAGCUAGAGCUUUUGCAAAUCAGGAUGAGACAACUCUCCACCUUGGAGCUCUACGACAAGAUUGUGAAGCUGCAAAAGGCUAUGUAAAUGCAUGCAGAGUCUAGGUGCACAGGGUGGGACCAUGGACGCGGUGGUGCUCAGGAGCAUCAGCUACGUUCCUUUGGAUCAGAGCCAUCCGCCACUCGUCCCGGAGAUUGAGCAAAUUACAUGGGAUAUAGAGACGAUAACGAUGUACGGCCUGGCGAUGUACAUGGCACGAAAGGACCAUGAGUGUAGAGCAGAGCUCGGACAACGAGAGAUGACUUUGUUUUUGACUGCCGAGGUGAUUGAGCUUCGGCAGACCUGGGAGCAAUGUAAAUGCUGAUUCUUUUGUUAUCAUUUUGUUUUGCAUGUGCAAGUAUGAAAUGACUCGCCGGUAAAUAUUGACCUAUGAUAGGUCCAGCUUCUCGGGCC